AUGUUCACCUCGCACAGCCUGCCGCGCCUCCAUGCGUCUGCCGUUGACGAUGGCCGUGUCGGCCUCGAUCUGCACCGCCGAAAUGGCUCCUUGUCAGCCCCUCCUCCUCAUGGCCACCUCUCGCGCAAGAGACGCAGCGACCAGGCCCUCCUUCCGGCUGAGGAUUCCAAGCGAAGACGGCAAAACAACAAGCUCGAGACUGCCGAGGCCCUCCUGAAGCCGUCGAUUGUCGUGCGGGCACAUCCUCCCAAUCCCCUCUCCAAGCCGUGCACGCUGCUACCGCUGAUGUUGCUGCCGCGCGAGCAUCUGCCGCUGUCGCUUCUCGAUCUCGCCGCCCCGCACGGUGACCUCCCCUCCGGCCGCCAGUUUCAGUCCCACAUCCGCAUCCUCGACCUUGAAGGACGACUGGGAUCCGAUUUGCUCAUUGCUCAUGCCCACUCGGGCGGCGCUGCCUUUGCCAUUGAGCGCGAUCGCUCUGACCGCUCCGAUCGCUCCGACCUCUAUGCCCUCUGCCGUCUCGGCAGCUGGGUCGACCUCGGUCAGCUCAGUCGUUUGGCCACGGCCGUCUGUCGCGAGCGCAUGCCGUCAUGCACGCCGGUCGAGACUGAUGGCACGAUCGGACAGCCCGCCGCCCUCAUCACCGCCCAGGGUCACAAGGAACAGCGCCGACGCCGGCUCGCCAUCGAGGAGCUGCAGUCUAUCGUGAGGCGCCGCCCGACGUCGUCGACCGUCGGCUCGCUGCCAGAGGUGGCUCUUGUCCAGCCAAUAUCUCCCUCUGCAGACGGAGAAUCACAGACACAGCUACAGACACAAACGCAGACACAGGCACAGACACUGCCCUCCACCCAUCUCCCUACUCCACCAGAAACAAGCAUACAGCUUUCACCUGCAACCGGAUUGACCUCUGAUCAGGCAGAGCCUCCAACGGCCGACACAAUCUGCCAAAAUAUUCGCAACCACUAUUUUGAGGCUCUGUACCACUCCAUGGGAUCGCUUGCAUAUUUCGCCAAGGGGCCACUGUCCCGGGCACGCGCCGCGUUUCAUCUGGACUGCGACUCGAACCUAGAGAUGGACGAUCUCAUAGACUUUCUCAAGGGCAUAGUGCUGACGACGGCGCUCAUCGACAAGAAGUACCGCGAAACUGUCCCAGAGCUGGUGGCCCGGCUGCGCAUGCUCGGGAACACGUCCGACCACGAGGGGCCGAAGAGGAAGACGUCCAAGAAGGCGAAGAAGGUCAAGCGUGGAAGCGAUGGACUUUACACGGACGAGGAGCCGCACAUCCGCAAGUGGUGGAGUGCCAACAAGCCGGAGGUGCACGAUGAGGAAGCAGUGCCGCGGCCAGAGGAGGUGAAGUACGCGAUCUCGCAGCUGCGGACGCGGGAGACGCAGCUGCAAAUGAUUCUCAUCCUGGAGAUCCUAGCGCUGGAGACGAUGCGGCCGGCGGUCGGCGAUGAGGGAGAGAGUCAGCUGCCGGGGAUGGGGGCGAGCGCAAGCAGCACGCCGCCGGCAAAGCGAGAGGCGGCCAAGAAGCGAAGCAAGCACAACCUGCCGCUGCUGAUUGACGUGCACGCCGACCGACUGUGCAUCUGGCAGUCGACGACGGCCGACGACGUGCGGGCGAUGGCCGAGUCGCAAUCGAGGGACAGCGGCGAGGACGGUGUGCAGCGGUCGCAGCAUCCGCUCCAAGACUUCUGCGUCGACAUCAUCGUGCCCUUUUUCUCGGCCCGUUUGCCGCUGGUGUGCGAGUCGCUCAAUUACAAGCUCGGCGGGCCGGUGGUGGCGCCGCCUUCGCGACCAAAACUGUCGAGGAUACCGUCGAUUAAAGCGGCCGAGAGGCCGUCGUCACGAGCACGACCAGGCACGGCAGCACGGAGGCUGGCGCCGGCACAGUCACAGCCAUCGUCAGCACGGAGUCUGGAGCGAGUGCUCUCGAACGAGCGGCUGCGGCGUAGUGUGUCGCGGGGGCCCAACGAUGCGAUUGCACAGAUGCGCAGCGCCACGGCAGCGCCGAUCCCGGGACUGAAGCGGGAGAUGAGCGAGCCGGGUCCGUUGACAGGGAUUCCGCGGCGAGGAUCAUCAGUGUCACUUUCGGCGUCUAUGUCGACGACGUCGACGUCGUUGCGCGAGCGGCCGACUAACAUGCUGAGUCGAAGCGUCUCGGACGCGGCCAUGAUGAUGCGCGGCAGCGCUGAGGAUCCACGGACCCGCAAGAAGGCGCAGGUGGAGUUUGAGCUGCAGGAAGCGAUCACGGCGCUGAAGAAGCCAAACCGCGGGCUGGCGGGCAAGUCGGUGGUAGAGGCAGCAGAGCGGCGGCUGGGCGGACAGAUUCGAAGAAUCAAAAAGAGCGGUCCUCCCAAGGAGCGUGUGCAGGUCAAGGCGACGCCGGUCAGCCAUCGGUUCCGCGACGUGUUUGGCGGCGUCAGCAACAGCUUCGACGACAGCGACGGCGACUAUGACGACGACGGAAUGCUGCGGCUGCCGGGAGCACGGGCACAGCAGCUUCUGUUUGCGGCACAUCCGCAUGCUGGCAGCCAGAGCCGCGUGGCAGCGACGCCACUGACCGGCCGCGUGGUCCAGGCGACGCCGGCCCGGGCAUCGGUGCUGGAGGCGGUGUCAGAGACAGUGACAAAGGCGACAGCAACUGUGGCCGUGACAGCAUCGCCAGCACAGAGGCUAGAAGAUGUCGUGCUGCUAUCAUCGCCGCUGCAGGAGAGACGACGACGGCCACUAUUUGCGACACCGACAAAGAGGGUAGGGGGAGGGGGAGACAGGGGAGACAGGGGAGACAGGGGAGACAGGGGAGACAGGGAAGAGACAGAGAGGGCAGAGAGGAUAGGGACAGAAAGGGCUGAGACUGAAAAGGCUGAGACUGCAGAGACGACACAAACAGAAACAGCAGUAGCAGAAACACCAGGAAAGACUGGGAUGCCGACAACCGAAAACGCACAGACGCUGUAUCAGCAGCUGGGAUGGGACGACGACAUUGACGACCUCGCAUGA